AUGCCUCCCCGUCGUGACGCUAAAGCAGUCAGCCAAGAUCCUCCCCGCCGCAGCUCGCGGAUUUCUGCUGGAAAGGGAAAAGCUGUCGUCUCUACGAUGGUAUAUCGUGGGCCUGCGCCCUCAGAUACGGAACCAGAGUCCGACGUUGGGCUCCUAAACCCGAGUAGCAAUGACGAAGGGGAGAAGACAGACGGGGACAUGGAGCCCCUGAGUCUUGGAAAGGUCGGUCGCGGCCUUCCAACCAUUCACGAAGAGGAGGAGGACCCGGAGGAGAUGGAGCUCGAGGAAGAUGUCGAAGAUAUCGAAGAGGGGUUGGAGGACGGCCGCGAGGAUGAGUGGAACUAUCUCAGCAAGCCUGGGAUGUACGUCUUCGCUCCUUCGAAGAAGUUGUUCCAUUUCAACCUCUUCCCGACUAAGGGAGAGGUUGAAUGGGCAACUUCGAUGAUGAGAGCCCGCCCAAACGACUGGGAAGACCAGACUUUUGUCUGGCACUUGCGGGGGGCUCAACAAAGGUUGAGCUUCCAUAUUAUCCGUUCAGCUCGGAACAAGAUACACGAGCGUUUUGACGAGGCCAGCACCACUGGCAUCACCAGGCAGUUGGCGUCUUUGACCCAGAUCGAGAAGUUCGCUGAGAACUUCGACUUGUCCGCUGUUCUCGGAUGCGAUAAAGACAUCCAGAGCCAACUCCCCCUCACCGCGGGCGAAGUUCUCGCAUUGCUCUGCGCAUACAACCGCAACGUCCGAGGUUUGACGCACCAGGUCAUGUGUGGUCUGGAUGUCCUCGUAGCUAGCGUUUUGUUCGAAAACGUGCCGGCCAGGUGCCUGAACCCUGGCGUCGUCCAAGACAACCUCCAGUUCGCCCGCAUGAAUGCUCCUCGAGGUAAUGGUACCGGUUACGGUACCUUCGGUCUCAAAAAACAGGAUGACAUUGUCUUGACGUCCGCCGGUGACGAUGAUGCCAUCCUUCAACAUCAUAUCGAUCGCAGUUUCUGGUCCGACUGCAACAUUGAACCUGCUGUCCUGUUGAAUGUAACCAUCACUCGUCGUCACAAAGCAAUUGCCCGCCGUAUCGAGAAGAUGUGCCCUCGCUUGACCGAAUUACUUUGCAAACUCGGCCUCGCCUGUAAGAUAAAGCGCCUUUGCCAACGCAAGGGAAGGAAAUUUUGGCUAUGCCAAGUUGAGGUCAAGUGUGCCGGGGUUGGGUUUAAGAGAUGGGAGGCGAGGGGAAGGGGCAGGGGCGCCAAGAAAGCAAUUGUAGACGUUGGUCGCAAGUUGCUUCAUAACGUUGGUUUGGACUUCCGGAGACAUCACUUUAAGUAA